AUGGAAACAGGAGGACUUCCAGCUGUUGAAGCAAAGAAAACAUCCCUUACACCCAAGGCUAUCAUCUACCAGAUGUUUGCUGACAAAGCAUGCUAUAAGGUUGAUGAAGUGCAGCAGUCUACUGAAAAUGGAUGCCCAGGGUUUGCCAUCCCACAGAAGGGUCCCUGUCUUUACUGCUGCAGUUUGCAACUUCCAGAAUUUUCUGUCAUGUCAGCACCAUGCAGAAAGAAAAAGGAAGCAGAGCAAUCUGCCGCAGAGGAGGCUCUAGAAAAGCUAGGAAUUCAUUCUACAGAGAGUAAUCUCACUGUAAAGGAAGCAUGGGAUGAUUUGAUUUCUCGGCUCUCUUAUUUUUUUUCAAAUGAGAUAAUUUUAGGAAGUAUAGUGUAUCUUGCUAUGUAA